AUGGCAUGGCAACCAUGGGAGAAGUUCAAGGCCGACCACCCCGCCACGGCGGACCGCAUGAUUGAAUCAUGGGCCGCCGUCCGGCCGUAUCUGCCUCCGGUCAACUUCAUCACAGUUCACUACGCCUACUUCAUACUGGUCGGGCUCAUCUUUGCCGGCAUCUUUCACGGAAUCUCGAACCCGGCCAACAGUGUCAGCUUCAUCGAUAGCCUUUUCCUCGUCAUCUCCGCCUUUACGACAUCCGGACUCAACACGGUCGAUAUCAGCAAACUCAGUACCGCCCAGCAGGCUAUCAUCGCCUUGAUGAUGAUUCUUGGCAGCCCUGUCUUCGUCUCCAUCUUCACCAUCUGGCUCCGCGCCCGCGUCUUUGAGAAGCGUUUCGAGGACAUCGUCGAGGCCGAAAGAAACAGGAGGAUCAAGAAGACUGGCACAAUAGUGGGCAUGGCCGGAGCCAUGAUUGGCCUCCCUGUCAUGUCGUCAUUUAAGGGAACCAAGCGGAAGCAAAAGAAGGGUAGACACGAGCGACAGGCCGAGGCAGACGCCUUCCAGCUCACGGGGUACAAAUCCCGUGAGAAGGGCCACGACCGGAGCCAAAGCCAGCCCGCCAAUCAAGACUCUGCACCACACGGCAUGCUGGAGCCCAUCGAGGAGGGCCAGAGGCUCAACCUCUCCAUCAGCUCUACCGAGCCGCUCUCGCCCAAGUCGAAUGCGACCCCCAGGCGGAGGCCUUUCAGUCGCGACUCAGGCCGGGUGUCCAUCUCAGAAGGCUUCGACUUCAAGACGUUCAUCCACGAGAACAAGACUUCAAUCGGCAGGAACGGCCAAUUUUUUGACCUCACGGAGGAGCAGCGCGAGUAUCUGGGUGGCGUCGAAUACCGUGCCCUUAAGAUUCUCUUUACCAUUGUCUGUGUCUAUUUCGUCCUCUGGCAGCUGCUUGGGGCCAUCACGCUAGGCGCCUGGUCAUACACGCACAGCCAGAGUAUCACAGCCGUCAACUCUCAAAACUCCUGGUGGGCUGGCAUCUUUCUUGCCAUCUCUUCGUUCAACAACGCUGGAAUGACGCUCCUUGACGCAGGCAUCGCAGCCUUUGACAACGAUGCCUUCGUCUUGACCAUUGUUACCAUUCUUUCUCUGGCUGGAAAUGCUGCGUUCCCUGCGUUCCUCAGAGCAACUGUCUACUUCUGCAGGUUUGUUCUGAAGAUAUGUGUUGAUGAAGACGAGCACGUUGUCUGGAAGGAAGCUUUCGAUUUCAUCCUCAAGUACCCUCGUCGUCUGUAUAUGAUGAUGUUCCCUGCUAAGGCAAAUUUUGUUUUUGUCACCAUGUUCUCCACCAUCGCGGUCAUGGACUGGGUCUUGUUGGUGGUUCUCAGCAUCGGCAACUCUGCUAUUGAGGCUUACCCGGUUGGGAAGCGAGUUGGACUGGCCCUCUUUCAGGCACUGGGUUUUGGGGUUGUUGGCGUGUCAAGCCUCUAUUUCGACGUUCUGGUUCUGUGGGUCAUCGUAAUGUAUAUUUCCGCAUAUCCGGAGAUCAUCGUCAUGCGAAACUCAAAUGUGUACGAAGAACGGUCGCUAGGAAUCUACACCACGGAACCUGAAAAGCCUGAGGACCCAGACGCAACUGCCAAUGAGUCAACAGAUGAGCUCCUGCCAACCUUUGCUGAACCGGCGUUUGGCCAUGCUCUUGGGUCAGAGCAAACAGCAGUCUCCGCAUCGGGCGUAUCAUUGUCACAAGCAAAGUCCCAUUUUUCCACCAAGCCUGUCAAGAGAAUAGCCGCCAUCGGCCGGCGCGGCACCUCCUUCGUGGGCAAGCAGAUCCAGAGCAGGAUGAACAACUUCCAGGGCGUGGGCGUAACGGCGAAGCCGCGGCUCAAGCGUUCUGCUGCCAUAAACUUCGACAACCCGAACGCGGGCUCCGCCUCUACACCCGAGGGCCACGUGAGCCUCGUAUCGCAGCACCUCCGAGGGCAGCUGUCGCACGACAUCUGGGCCAUCGCCUUCUCACUGUUCCUAGUCACGCUGAUCGAGACAUCCCAUUCGAUCGCGGACCCGCGAUCCUACAGUGUCUUCAACUUCUUGUUCGAGAUUGUGUCUGGGUACACCAACAUCGGACUGUCCAUAGGCCUGCCGGGCCACUCGUUCAGUUUUGCGGGCGGCUGGUACACGGGUUCAAAGCUGGUCAUGAUCCUGAUGAUGAUCCGUGGCAGACACAGAGGCCUUCCGGUCGCGCUGGACCAUUCCGUCAAGCUGCCUGGGUGGGAUAAUGUUAAGAAGCAGAAUGAGGACGCUGAGAUCAGACGGAGUAUAAGUAGGAGUCGAACUGGGUUGACGAUAUAG